UUUGCCGUAGAGGUGAUGUACAGUGAUCCCCAAAACCUGGAUUUCCAGAUUCAUCACAAAAAGCAUUUUCACAAGCAAUGCAUGAGCUCAUAACAGGAUGACCCAAAUCAGGCAUAGAUGGAUAGACAGAUGAAGAGACAGAAGUAGGGAGGGAGGAAGUGAGAGAGAAAGAAAAAGAGAGAAGAUCUGUCUGUUGGCUGAAUGAGCACCUCCUUUUAGUUUGGCCACAGUCCCCUCCUCCUUGCCUCAGAUAUAGAGUGUUUUUAGGAGCAGCAGAGUGAAUCAGAGCCGGGUGUACAGGAGAGCGCACUGUCAGGAUAUUCCAUCCUUACGCACGCGCACACACGCAUACACUAACACACACUCUCUCACGUCUCCCUCACGCACACGCACAUGGAGUACUAUUGGACCCACCUACUCUGGAUUCUCUGGAGCGUGAUGCCAGGGUUCCAUGUCUGUUUUAACAUUGACACCAGAAAUCACAGGAUCAUAAAAGGCCCCAGGCAGACACAGUUUGGCUACACUGUGCAACAACACAUGGCUGGAGGACAGAAAUGGUUACUGGUAGGAGCCCCACUGGAAACAAAUGGACAGCAUCAGACAGGAGAUGUGUACAAAUGUCCCUUAAGCAGAAGAUCUGGAGGACCCAGCUGCACCAAACUCAAUCUUGGAAGGAUAUCGUUGACAAAUGUCUCUGAGCGAAAGGAUAAGAUGAGACUUGGAAUGACCCUUUCGUCAAAUCCUAAAGACAACAGCUUUGUGGCGUGUGGUCCCCUUUGGUCGUACGAAUGUGGCAGCUCAUACUACAGCACUGGAAUUUGCUCCAGAGUCAACGCCAGCUUUAAAUUUUCCCGAACUAUCGCUCCUGCUUUCCAAAGGUGUGAGACAUACAUGGACAUAGUGAUAGUCCUAGACGGUUCAAAUUCAAUCUACCCCUGGAACGAAGUUCAAGACUUCCUUAUCAACAUCCUUCGGAAAUUCUAUGUUGGACCAGGACAGAUUCAGGUUGGAGUACUGCAGUAUGGAGAAAAGGUGGUGUCCGAGUUUCAACUGAAUGACUUUCGCUCUGUGGAGGAUGUGGUCAAGGCAGCCCGUAAGAUAGACCAGCGAGGAGGAGAAGAGACCAACACUGCGCUGGGAAUCAAUGUUGCACGCUCAGAGGCCUUUAAACAGGGAGGCAGAAGAGGAGCAAAGAAGGUCAUGAUCGUCAUUACAGAUGGAGAAUCACAUGACAGCGCUGACCUGCAGCAGGUCAUUGAGGACAGUGAGAAGGACGGCAUCACCCGAUAUGCCAUUGCUGUACUGGGCUACUACAACCGCAGAGGCAUCAACCCUGAAGCUUUCCUCAAUGAGAUCAAAUACAUCGCUAGUGACCCUGAUGAUAAGCAUUUCUUUAAUGUGACAGACGAAGCAGCUUUGAAGGACAUUGUGGACGCUCUCGGAGAGAGGAUCUUCAGUUUAGAGGGGACUAGCAAGAAUGGGACAGCAUUUGGUCUCCAGAUGUCUCAAGCUGGCUUCUCCACACACAUAGUGGAGGAUGGUAUUUUAGUGGGAGCAGUGGGAGCUUAUGAUUGGAAUGGGGCUGUGCUGAAGGAGACUCGUCAGGGUAAAGUGGUCCCACCAAAGUCUUCUUAUGAACAAGAGUUCCCAGAAGAACUAAAGAACCAUGGAGCGUACCUGGGUUACACAGUGACAUCAGUGGUAUCAGCUCGCAGUGGCCAGUUAUAUGUUGCAGGAGCUCCUCGGUUUAACCACACGGGCAAAGUCAUCAUCUUCACCCUGAAAAAUACUGGAGAGCUCACUAUAUUACACUCACUCAAGGGACAGCAGAUUGGGUCAUACUAUGGCAGUGAGAUUGCUCCAGUGGAUCUGGAUGAUGAUGGAGUGACUGAUAACCUGCUGGUGGCUGCGCCAAUGUUCUUCAGUGGAGGCUGGGAAAAGGGCAAAGUCUACAUCUACAGAGUCACAGAGCAGCCUCGUUUCAUACUGGAGGGCUCGCUGGAGAUUUUAGAUCAGGGUCAGAAUGCCCGUUUCGGCUCUGCACUGGCCCCUGUGCCUGAUCUUAAUGGGGAUUCAUUUAAUGAUGUAGUAAUAGGAGCUCCGUUAGAGGAUGACCACAAAGGAGCCAUUUACAUCUACCACAGCCAACGCAACAGAAUACUGAGGAAAUAUAAACAGAGGAUUGGUGCUAUUCAGCUGGCGCCGGGUCUGCAGUACUUUGGUCGUAGUAUCCAUGGAAAGAUGGAUAUGAAUGGAGAUGACCUGGUGGAUCUAGCUGUGGGCUCCCUCGGUGCUGCAGUACUUCUGUGGUCUCGAAGUGUUGUCCGAAUCCAUGCUAUUGUUCGAUUUGAGCCCAGCAAGAUCAACAUAUUCAAUAAAGACUGCCGGAGAGGAGGGAAAGAUGUGACCUGCAUGUCAGCUAUUGUAUGUCUGAAUAUCACAGCUCGGACUCCUAUCAGAGCCUCACAGGAAAUAGCUAUUAGCUACAAUGCUUUCUUUGAGGAGAAGCGCUUCAACCCUCGAGCUGUGUUUGAUGACCCAGAUCACCACCAGCCACAGAAUCUCACACUGCUUCCUGGAGAGGAGAAGUGUGACCACAUCUACUUCCACGUCAUGGAGACUACAGACUAUGCCAGGCCCAUUAUAUUCACUGUAGAAACGGAGCUAUUGGAACUGGAUCAAGGCCCAGUUCUGGAUGAUAGCUGGCCGACUACAGUGAAAACACAGCUUCCCUUUUGGAACGGGUGUGACGAAGAUGACCACUGUGUUCCAGACUUGGUGUUACAAUCUCAGACUGAUCUAAUGGAUCGCAAGCAGUUCUGUGCCCAGGCGUUUCGAGCAGGCAGUCUAUUAUGUCGGAGUCAGACGCCAGCAGAACCUUCUGAACGCAUUAUAGAGGGAUCCAGGAAGAGGAUGGUUGUAGAUGUACGUCUGGAAAACAGAGGGGAGAAUGCAUAUGGAGCUCAGCUUAACAUCACUAACACUCCAAACCUACGCUUCUCCAGCCUGAUAGUGAAGGAUAACUCUGAAAUACAUAUAGACUGCCGCAGUGAGAACAGGCGAAAAUAUGAGAAAUCUUGCAAUAUUAGUGCACCCUUUAUGAGAGCAAAGUCACAGGUAACAUUUCGUUUGGAAUUUGAAUUCAGUAACUCUGUGCUGCUGGAUCACGUAAAGAUCAUGUUGGAGGUUACCAGUGAGGGUGAGGAAGUUGUCCUACACGAUAACAUUAAUGACAUUUCCUACACUCUGAAAUAUGAAGCUGAUCUGCUCUUCACAAGGGAUUUUUACCCAACCCGAUAUGAGCUUAAACCUGACCUCUCUCUAGAGGAACCUAGUGAUUUCAACCCUCCAUUCAACUUUACCUUUCAGAUCCAGAACCUUGGUUAUUUUCCAAUCCAAGAUUUGCAACUGUACAUUGCAAUCCCCGAGGUCACGAAAAAUGGCAAUCAACUCCUGCAGAUCAGAGAUUUCCAUAUUGACCAGGUAGGUGGAAGUCAUUGUAUCCCUCCUCAGCAUGUGGCACACAGUCGGGCGUCUCCGGAGGACCUCUCACGAACAUCACGACUGAACUACUCCAACACCCUGACGGUGCCAGUGCAGUGUACCGUCAACCUGCCUUCCUACAGAGACGUCAGCGUGAGAAUCGGUGGAUCCCUCCGAACUGAUUCACUGCAUGCGCAAGCAUCUGUCAGAAAAACUGAAACCUGUUUUUCUUGUCACGGGCAGCUGAAGUUCAAAACCCUUGAGCUUGUGACGACAGCCUCAGUGGAACUGAACCCAUCCAGCCCUAUGUUUCUGCCUGAAGAGAGGCCGGUCAGACAUAUAAUCCUAGAGAUCAGGAAAGAGGAAGAUUACCGUGUUUCCAUCUGGAUUAUCAUAGGCAGCACACUUGGAGGCCUGUUACUCCUCUCACUUCUCAUUUUGGCACUUUGGAAGUUGGGGUUUUUCCAAAGGCAGAUGCAAAGGCAUGAGGAAACUGAGAAUGAGGCUAAUGGCAAGAUGAUGGAAGAGCGAUAACGCAGGCUGCUCAUGAGGGUUCAGACAGGCCUACAUCUCAGGGACCAACCAACAGCAACAUUAGACGUCUCUGAAACAGAGAGAAAAGGAGAAAGAGAGAAAAACAGGAAUUGAGGCAAUGAAGAAAGGAGAG